AUGAAGUGGAUUAUCCUCGUUUCUGUGUUUCUGCUCAGCUAUCUUGCUGUUGCUAUCCCCAUUGAAGCUGAAGGUGCCAUCGCUGCUUCCGAAGCAGCAAUCGAAGUCACCGUUGACGAAAAUGGACGAACUCUUUCUGUUGAGACCAUCGCUCCAACUGCAACUGCCAACAAUGCGCCUACUACCCUUCCUCCUAUCCUAGCAGUUCCUGAUACAGAGGCACCGCAUGACCUUGAGCCUACGCUCCCAACCGAUGCCAAUGUCAACGCAAAAGUGAACGGCAAUCCCCACCAAGAUAGAAAGGUUGAACCCAAGGGAAACCCCCGGCGCUUCGGAAUUUCGUACUCUCCUUACAAUGCCGACAACUCCUGCAAAGACCAAGCCCAGGUAAACAAGGACGUCGACAAACUAAGCCAUUACUCCUUCAUCCGUAUCUACGGCAUAGACUGUGAUCAAACCCGUAAAGUCAUCGUUGCCGCACGCCGUCACCAGAUGAAAGUCUUCGCAGGUCUUUAUGACCUCCAGAAGCUCCACGCCAGUCUCGAUGUGAUCAUUGAUGCGGCAAAGCCUGACCUUUCUGUUCUCCACACUGUCUCGAUCGGAAAUGAGCUCCUCAACCGUCGCCAGAAUUCCGCUACAGAGGUCAUCAAUGCUGUCGCUGACGCCCGGGCCUACCUCCGUAGCCGAGGAUACAACGGUCCUGUUGUAACAGUUGACACAUUCUCCAAGAUGUUCGAACACCCUGAACUAUGCGGCGUCUCAGAUUACUGUGCCGCCAACUGCCACGCCUUCUUCGACGCAAAUCAAACACCGGCGAACGCCGGCUCCUACGUCCGCGAUACCGCGCGUCGUCUCUCUGCAAUUUCUGGCGGUAAACGCACAAUAAUAACUGAGUCAGGGUGGCCGCAUGCCGGGCAGAACAACGGCAAAGCUAUACCGAAUCCAGAUAACCAACGAAAGGCCAUCGACAGUCUGCGCCAGGCUUUCGGGAACAACCAGGAAAAUCUGGUUCUCUUUAGCGCGUUUGACGACCUUUGGAAGGAAGAUAACGAGUGGACGUUUGGCGCAGAAAGGUUUUGGGGGAUUGGGAACCUUUGA